AUGGGUAGUCGAAAAGGGAUAUCUCCGAGGAAUUCUCCAUCUCCUCAAAUGACCAAGAUAGUCAAGAAAAAUGAAUCGACAGAUUUUACUAUGGGCAAAAUACUUAUUACUAUUGCUGUUGUUAUUAUUGUUCUUGCUGUUGGUACCCAGUAUGUAUAUAUCAAUUAUUAUUAUCUCCCAAAUCAAAUUUCCACAAAAUCUAAGCUUCCCACUAUUAGUACUAAGCUUGAUCCGCAAAUAUGGGGCACUUAUCGGUCUCAUUUAUAUUUUGGACUUCGAGCUCGAUACGAAACGUCACCACUUUUUGGAAUGAUGUGGUAUCAGCAACCAAAGACCGAGGGUCAAUUACCGCGAAUACGGCACUGGUGUGAGCAGGGCAAUGGGGUAUCAAAAUAUGCAUGGAAAUUAGCAGAUGGACAUUCAUUCGGGCUGCAAACAAUUUACGAUGAACCGUUAGAGAUUUUCACGGACUGGGUAAACGAUGGCCCCUUAUGGACAGCACGUGUAAUCACCACGUCAAAUGUGGAUUCUAAUUUUGCCGUUUUAUUCUAUUUUGCUACGCAGGAUGACAAUUCUAAACUGCAUGCGUUUUAUCGACAUGGUGAAUUGGAUUAUUUUACGGGAGAGUCGGAUGUGCUCGGAAAUUUUACUGUUAAUAUAGACACAACAGUAGAUCUUGCUUCAAGAUCUUUUCUUGCAUUGAAAACAAAGGAAUUUUCGGACAUUAGUAUUGUGGAGGGUAUAAUUUUGUCCUCUACCUUAGUUGAUCGCUCUCGACAAUUGCGCCUUCCUAGUGCUUUUGUUCCUGAGGGUAGUGUACCCGAAAGCGAACCUCGCCUUAUUGUACUUCAAAUAAAUGUAGCAUCUAAUUCAUCCACGGAAAUCUCGUUUUCCGUAGGCGAAAAAAAACCCAUAAAAGGCGACGACUUUUCAAAGUUGUUAGAGCAAAGAACUAAAGAAUUCAAUAACAAAUUUGAAGCGGUAUACGGUUUGUCAGCUAAGGGAUAUCCGGAUUUCUACCAGGAACUUGGAAGAGUUGCGUUGUCAAACAUGUUAGGCACAAUCGGCUUUGCACAUGGAUCAAAUCGUGUACAAAGCAGCUACUCAUCAAAACAAUCAUUCUAUGGCCCUCACUCGUUGUUAUCAACCUGUCCAUCACGUUCCGUAUUUCCUCGUGGAUUCUUAUGGGAUGAAGGAUUCCAUCAACUGCUUCUCAUGAAAUUUAAUCCUGAUUUAUCUUUAAAAAUAAUUGCGUCUUGGUUGGAUACAAUGAAUGUUGAUGGAUGGAUACCAAGAGAAAUGAUACUCGGGAAAGAAGCAGAAUUGCGUGUACCUGCCGAGUUUAUCGUUCAACGAGAUAGCAUAGCAAAUCCACCAAUGCUUUUCUAUUUAAUUGAAAAAUAUUUGGAUCACAGUUAUCAGGAAGAAGUGGUGAAGAAAUUUUAUCCUCGAUUGAGUGUUUGGCAUAAGUGGUUGAAUUCCACGCAAGUGGGGAAAAAGGCUGGCACAUAUCGUUGGCGAGGCAGGAAUGCGACAACGGAUAACGAGCUGAAUCCACGGACACUACCAAGUGGUCUCGACGACUACCCACGUGCAACACAUCCUACUGAUGAAGAAUAUCACGUUGACUUGUGCUGUUGGAUGGCGCUUUCAGCUCGAGUACUUUCAAAGCUUGCCAAACUCGCUGGAGACUCGCAGAACGAAGAGAAGUAUUUAGCUGACUAUAACUACCUUACAGAUUUGAAUCGUUUUGACAAUCUUUAUUGGAGCAAGACAAAGCAAAGAUACUGUGAUUACGGACUCCAUAGCAACAACGUAAAAUUGGAGAGAAAAUUUGAUAGCAAGAAGCUGAAGGGAGAUAAUGUAGCCAAUAUACCAAUGAAACGCGUGACGAAAACUUCACCAAAAUUACAACUAGUUGAAGAUGCCUUUGGAUACAUUUCACUCUUUCCCGUGUUGCUCAAACUUCUUCCUCAUAACUCUGAUAAAUUACGAAUUAUUCUUGAAAAUAUUAAAUCGGAGGGGUUAUGGACUGAUUUUGGUUUACGAUCAAUUGCACCAUCUUCACCAUACUACAAAGCUCAUAACACGGAACAUGAUCCUCCUUAUUGGCGCGGCAGUAUUUGGAUUAACAUUAAUUACUUGAUGCUUUCUGCAUUGAAGCACUAUUCCGCAGUCGAGGGAUCCAAUCGUGAAUUGGCAUUUGGUGUUUAUUCUGAUCUACGAAACAAUUUGAUUACCAAUGUUGCGCGGGAAUUUCGAAGGACAGGGUUUUUGUGGGAGAAUUAUAACGAUGAAACGGGUCAAGGACAGGGUGCUCAUCCAUUCACUGGAUGGUCUUCACUUGUGCUUUCAAUCAUGGCCGAGCAGUACGAUUAG